AUGGACGCUUUUGAGAAGCUCGCCAUUAGCGAGCGCAAGAUCAUUGUCGGCAUCGAUUUCGGUACAACCUACUCUGGAGUUGCUUGGGCAGAGACCCAGCGGUCCGAUCGACGGACUACAAUCACCACAUGGCCCAUAAGUAAAACAGUCCGCGAAGGCGAAUCCUCCGACAAGGUUCCCACCAAGCUCAGGUAUACUGGAGAUGAAGUUCAGUGGGGUUUCUCAAUCCCAAUGUCUGCUCCCCAGGACGAGAUUGUCGAGUGGUUCAAGCUUGACCUCGAUCCCUCGCUUCAAAGUAUGAACCAGGCGGUCUCGUCAGAGGCAAGAGGGGGCCGCAAUGUCGAUAAGCUCGUCACUGACUACAUAUCGGCUCUCGGCGACCACCUUCUGUAUACCUUGAGAGAGAAACUAGGUGACCAAGUUGUCAAGACUACACCUCUUGAAUUUGUCAUCACGGUACCCGCCAUUUGGUCCGACCUGGCAAAGGAGAAAACGAAACAAGCGUGCCAGAAGGCCUCUGGUCUGUCUACAACCAGUGUUCCCAUACACCUCGUUUCUGAGCCUGAAGCUGCGGCCAUUUACGCAUUGCAGGGCCUCGACCCUCACGGCCUCAACAUAGGCGACACCGUUGUUGUUGUUGAUGCUGGUGGUGGCACUGUGGAUCUCAUCUCUUAUACCAUAAUGGGAUUGAAGCCGAUUCUGGAAGUCCAGGAGGCUGCUCCAGGCUCCGGUGCUUUGUGUGGAUCUACUUUCCUCAACAUGCGGUUCGCCAAAUUCUUGAAAGCAAAACUAGGCAAAGAGGAGGGUUUUGAUGACGAGGUAAUGGCCGAGGCCAUGGAACAGUCGGAAACUUACAGCACACAGGUGAAGCGUCAGUUCGCCCUCGGCGCGGCUCCGGACGAAACGUAUACGAUUCCUGUUGGCGGUCUCAACAACAACAAAGAACUGGGAAUCAAUCGUGGCCGCUUCUCCUUAAAGGCGUCGGACCUUCAAACCAUUUUUGAGCCGGUUGUCCUUGAAUGUAUCAAACUUGUCAAAGACCAGAUCACGGCUAGCGGAGUACCUGUUCAGGCUGUCCUUUUGGUUGGUGGUUUUGGUGCCUCUAACUACCUUAAAGAGCGCCUGCGUAAUGCUGUCGAUAAGCGCAUCCAGAUCAUGCAGCCGCCCAACGCUUGGCAAGCUGUUGUGCAAGGUGCAGUCAUGAAAGGUCUGGCUCAAGUGUCUCCAAACCAUUUAACCCAGGUCAAAGUUCAGAACCGAAAGGCACGAAAGCAUUAUGGGACUGAGUGGCGUACGAGGUACGACCGCAAGAUACACAGCCAUCUCGAGAAUAAGAGGCACUGGUGCGGUCUUGAUGGUUGUUACAAGGUGUACACUAUGGAAUGGUUUAUUCAGCGCGGCGACAAUGUUUCAGAGAAUGAACCCUUCUAUACCACUUUCGCUUGGACCGGCUUGGUUAGCCAAGGGCGUAUUAAGAAAAUCAAGAUGGACAUCUACGCCGACCGCAGCGCUCGCGACGCCCCCGUAUCUCGAGAUGAGAAUGUUUCGAUGCUUGCACACGUGGAAGCAGAUGUUAGCCACAUUCCGGAGAAUUCGUUGGCUCGUCGGCGAGGAAAUGACGGUCAUUUGUACUAUGAGCUGAACUGCAAGAUUGAAGCGGUUUACCUCUCUGCGUCAACCACAUAUACUCUGCUAUACAACAAUCAACGAUACAACACGGUGACGGCUGAGUAUGUCUAA